UAAGAAUAGCAUUAUACAUUGGUGAAAAUUGUGGAUGAGUCAUCAUGGUAGACGUAACGACAGACCUCAUAAAUACAACUGCACAGGACCGUCCUUUCAGCGAAGGUGGAAGUGUUGUGACCGCAACAUUGCUCUUAAUGAUGAUGAUAUUUGGAAUCAUGGGAAACCUCGUUACCAUAAUCGUAAUUGCGGCAUCAAAGAGUUUAAAAUCGGUCUUCAAUUUACUUAUCAUCAGUUUAUGUGUAUCUGAUCUUCUAUCAGCUAUCGUAAGCCCUCUAGCACUUUACAGGCGAACUUGGGGAUUUGAGGAAUGGCUUCUUCCGAAAGAAUUUUGUAAUCUUUUUAUGGCAACUGAUAUAUGGACGAGCGGAGUUACUACUCUUCACAUUUUGCUAUUCUGUAUCAUACGAUUUAUUUCAAUGAGAUGGCCGUUCAAUUAUAAAAAUAUAAGAAAAAUUCACGUCAAGGCCCUUGUCAUCUCCAUAUGGGUUGUUGCUUUGUGUUGCGGUGGAAUACCAGGUUGGUUCGCAUAUAAAGCUGGAAAAAGACCACCAAAUUCGAAAUGGCCUGCAUGCACGUUGGACCCUGACUGGUUAUCACAGUACAGAAUAUACUCGAAAAUCGUAUUUCCUGUAUUUAUUCUUCUACCAAUGAUAGCAAUUUUUAUACUUUCAAUCGCCAUCAUAUUGUUAUUAAUAAAAAGAAGAACCACGAGGUCGGAGAAAAAGAUUCCUCCAAUGCCCGAAGCAGCCAGUAAGCAAAUGGAAAAUAUUCGGAGAAAAUUGCAAAAGAAAGAAAACAAAGCCAUCCUUCAACUUUCUCUCAUCGGUGGAUCUUUCAUGUUUGGAUAUAUACCGAUAAUAUGUUAUAAUUUCUACACAACAACUGUGGAUACAACAACAAUAGAUGAAAAAGAAAGAAUAGUUGAUUGGAAUUUUGGGAUGAUUUCCUAUAUUUUACUGCGAUUGUCGGAAUGUCUCAAUCCAGUAUUUUAUAACAUAGCAUCAGGAAAAAUGAGAAAAGAGACUGUUAGUUUACUUCGAAAACUUUCCAAGUGCCAAUGUUUACGCAAAAAAGAAUCCAAUGGAAAUAUGAUACAGUAUCAAACAAGAGAUUCGUCAUCGAAGACUGGAACACUACAAAUUUAAAUGUAUCUAUGUAUGUUCAUUUAUUAUUGUAAUUCAUUGAUUAAGCGCAUAUAUGAACAUUAUGUAUUCAUGCUCCAAAAUUAGUUUAUAAAAAUACUGAAUAACUUUGAAUGUGCUUUAUAUUCGUAGAAUGCAUUUUUUAUAAUUUUGUACAAUAUUUUAAUAUUA